UCAUUCUCCCUGCUCUGAUGUUUCUCUUUAUUGUCCCUGCUUUCCCCGGAGUAUUUCGAUUAUGGGCAUGCCCCACCCUUAUACCUGCCUGUGCAUCCAAAUAUCUCCCUGUUUAUUAACACUCUGUCCGCAUGAAUCCUUAAUCGGUGUCCCUGGUUGCCCCUGGAAUUUCUCUCUCUGGUUAUUUCUCAUGUGUUCUUCCGUUGCUAAGCCCCUAACCUGCUGUACCUCCAUUUAUUACCCCUCUGUUUAUUGGCCGUCUAUCAAUUGAUCAGUGUAUUGGCGUCUCUGGGCUCCACUAACCCUCUCUGUAUCUAUUGAUCCGUGUAUUGUUUGAGCGCGUCUGGCGGACCCUGCUUCGUCUCCAUGAUGGCGGCGGGAGGCGAGUCUGCGGCCUUCUUCCAAACCUCUGCCUCAGAGCGCCCUUUCCCCCAGCCGCUCUCUCAGGCGCGCAGCCGGCUCCCCACUCCAGUCUAAACCUCACCUUUCUUGUCCCCGCCAGCUGUUGCUGGGUUACGGGCUCCGUUUCCCCGCCCUCUCUUGGGCCUGCUAUCGAGGUUUGUUGCGCUCGCCGUGCCGCUGCUUCGGGCUAGCUGGGCCCUGCCGCCGCCAUCUUUUCACUCACAGAUCGAUUGCUAUAGCCAGGGCUUCCCGCAGUCGCCAGGGCGCAUGCGCCUGAGCUGGGCCGCUGAAAGGAUCUCACCGGGGGACAGAGAGCACCGCGCAUGCGAAAUAGAUCGGCGACUGGAGGCAAAACUAAAGAUUCAACAGAAGGAAAAAAAAUCGAAGCUGACGCCUAAGGUUCCCAUCGUCAUACAGGAUGACCUCCAUCCAACGCCCUGUGCUCCACAAAUCCGCAUUUUGAAGAGGCCGACGAGUAAUGGGGUAGUCAGCACACCCAACUCCACCACAAGACCACCUCCACAAGUCAAAUCGCUGGCCCAGCGAGAAGCUGAAUACGCAGAAGCUCGGAAACGGAUCUUGGGGAGUGCAAGUCCUGAAGAAGAAGAUAAAACUAAUACAGACAGGCCAACUAGGAUUACCCAAUUGGAGGAGACCAGACAACAGAGCAGUGUAAUUCGACAGCCCCUGGGCCCUGAUGGUACACAAGGCUUCAAGCAGCGCAGAUAAAACGUGGGCUAAAACGUGUAGAACAGAACUCUCCAGGACCGAGCGUGCAGUGUUGGACAGAGAGAACGGACUCAAGCAGAGGACCUGAUCUGCUUCUCUUGCACUGUGAUCCCCUUUUGCUCCGCCCACUGUGACUUUUCUCCUUGCGCACUGUGACCCCCUGCUCCGCCCACUGUGGUUGGCACACUGCUGUGAGCUCUCCAAGGAAACCGUGAAGGGGAGGUUUCUUGUAUUCAGACUGGCCAAGAAUACAUUGUGUGCCAUUUCUAACCAGAAAUUUGCUCCAGCAAUAAUACUGUUUAAGAAUGUUCAAUAGAUUAUCUUUUAAUUUCAGAAAAGAGUUUUGACUAUGUAUUAGUGAUGGGUGCUGUUUGUCCAUUUACAGCCCAUGCUUUAUGGGUUUGUUUUGGUUUCUUCCCACCUGAUCCAGUACCACAAGACAGUCCUUCAAUUAUCUCACUAUGCGAAGUAUGUCAAAAAAUCCAUCAGAAAUGCACCAAUUUUAAAGUUGGCUCAUCUUUAACUAUUUAUUAUAGGCUGUAUUUAAAUUUUUUUUUUCAAACCGUCAAUCUGAAGAAAGAGGACAAGAACGUGAAAUGAUCCACAAUAGGAAUGUGGACCACAGGCUUGGGCUGUUUGACACAGUAGACCAAGGAGUACACUUGUGUUCAGUAAUGAGUGGUCUGUUGUGUAACCAAUUCCUGUCAGAUUCCUGUCCUCCCAUCCACAGUGAGCAAGUCUGUUGGUUAACAAGAACUAGUUGGGGUGGGGGUGGGGAAAGAGAAGUUCAAAUAGUGGCUGCAAAUGUUGCUGUAUCUCACCCACCUGAAUGUGAUUAGCUGGUUUGGCCAAAUCUCAGCUAAACCCCAGGAUUUAUUUUUUAAUAUCAAAACUAAUAUGGUGGUGUGAUUAAAAAUAGAG